CUGGGACGGCGGCAUAGUAAUUAUUAUUAUACACGUUGGCAAAUAUUUGCAGUCGAAGCUCUCGAGCUCGGCUUUACCGAUUCGACUAUAAAAUGUGGAAGAAUAUUUAGUGUUUGGAUCAGUCUCAAUUCAAUUAGCUCAAGACGAAGAUGAAGACACUCACUCGCCUAAUUAUCUGUUGCUGUGUGCUGCUGCAGCUGCUUGGGUCAAUUCAGGCUGGACUCUUUCUCAGCCGAAAUGGAUAUAUCUACUGCAAAUGGGCCAAUCGGCGAAUCUGUGAUAAGUUCGGGGCCAUAUGUGUCUCGUAUACCGAUAAUGCGAUGAGCUAUUGCAAGAAUUACAAAAACGAAUGCCAAUUUAUGAUUGAUAAUUGUCUGUCUAAAACCGAAUUCGGUCGCCAGGGAACCCCAGUGAGUUUCUCUCCAGGCUGCAAGAAUCUUGGUAUCAACCAAAUGGGCAUCUGCGGCACAUAA